AUGAUAUCAAUUGACUCUUUACCGCCUGAAAUUCACCUAACCGUUUUAAAUUAUUGCGAUUUCUUCUCAUUGCUUCAAUUACGACAAGUAUCGAAAUACUAUAAAUGGCUUGCUGAGUAUAAUUUAUGUUAUCGAAGUCAUCUUGAUGUUGUCGGUGAUUAUUUAGCAAUAUUUAAUAAAUAUAAGCGGCAACACUUUGCUCUAUUAAAUGAGCAAAAUGACUGUGAUGCAGUUUUUGAUAAAAUUUUUACAUUCAUCAACCUUUACAUGCCCUCUUUGCGUGACCUUUCAUUGCGUCAUUGUUCAGUUGUCCUUACGUUAGCUGGCUUAAUUCAGUUGGCAUCAGUUGUGCCAAGAUUAUAUCGAUUGGAUUUAAGUCAAUCCUGUAAUAAGCCACGUUUUGAAACUGAUGCUAUCUUAGCUUUGCAAUAUUUUCGACAACUGAAAGUAUUGAUAAUGGAUGGAUUUGUGAUUCAAAAAAGUGCUGGCAAAGGAUGUUCUCAUCGAUUAGAAGUGCCUCCCUUACGUCAUAUGGAACAUUUGGAGACUCUUGUGCUCAAUUGUCCAUAUGACACUUUAGCUAAAAUAUUGUAUUCAUUGUGUGAAAGUCAUUGUCAUCUGUAUAAAUUGAAGCAUAUAAGUUAUCAUUGUUAUGAUAUUGUAUAUACAGCUUGGCGUACGGUAUAACACAGCGAAAUAUCCCGAAUUACUGAUUUGGUUCUUACUAACACAUCACUCAUUGCGUUUUGUACAUAUUUGGAAUGCUUUAUUUGCUACUAAUGAUCAGUUGAAACGAUUUUAUACUGCAUUAAUUUCAUUACCAAAACUCACUGAAUUACAUUUGGAAAGUUGUGAAUUGUGUGAUCGAAUUGACUCCUCGAUAGAAGUUCAAUUCCUUAAAAGUAUUACUAUGCGUGGUAUUCGUUGGAAUGGUUUAGUACGUAGUAUGCGUUAUAAUCCUGAUAAUAAUCGAUAAGCUACCAUAUCAAAUC